GAAGAGUGGUGGGAAGUUCUCUCCGCAGGGGAACCAGUGACCUAAGGAAGCUGAGGUGGCAACAGUUUUAAAAGAAACCAAUCUAAUACUGAACAUCAAGAAAGAGAAGAAGGUUGAUACUGGAAAUCACUAUCCUGAAUGGCUGCUCUUAGGAGAAAGCUAACUGUAGUUGGAGAUGACUGCUGUGGUAAGACAUGCCUCCUCUUUGCUCUGUGUCACGAGCAGCUUCCCAAGACCUACGAGCCAACUCUGUUUGACGCUUACACCACUGACACAGAAGUAGAUGGGAAAGAGAUGAAACUAAUUCUCUUCGAUGUGGCAGGGAAGAAUGAAGUCAGUUACCGAAAUCUCCGCUCAGUGUUCUAUGAGGACACCGACAUUAUUUUAAUGUGCUUCUCUGUGGACAGGCAUGACUCACAGCAAAACAUCCUUGAUUUUUGGAUUCCAGAAAUCAAAGUGUUCUGCCCCACAGUACCUAUUAUUCUGGUGGCUACCAAGACAGAACUAAGGGGCGAUGAAGGUAUUAAGAAGAAACUAACUUCUCCAGGCAAUGAGCCAAUUAGCACUACAGAAGGAAAAGCUUUAGCUGCCAGCAUUGGGGCAUAUGCUUAUCUGGAGUGUUCUGCCAAGACAAAAGAAGGUAUUGAUACAGCCCUGGAGAUUAUUAGCCAAUGUGCAUUAAAUGAGAAAAGGAGGAGAAAGAGGCACUACGGGCGCUGCCAAAUUUUGUAAGAGGAGUGAAUAUUAUUUUGUUGUUGGAUUUCAUCAUGUGGAAAGCACUUGCAGGCAGAAGACACGAAGUAAAGGGAAUGCCAACAACCAUGCUCUCAGCUUUGCAAGUCAUUAACAAUCUGGAAAGAGACUGAGAAAUCCUGUCAGCCUAAGCAGAAUAUCUCAGAGAGGCACAGAGAUGGACCAAAAUGGAAGGACUUUGCGUGCAUCUCCAUACUACUCCUUCCUGUGAAGCACUGAUUGCUGGCCGCCCAAGGAACUGAGUUAUGGACUGAUAUUAAAGGCACAGGUCUGGAAGGGGGCAAAUAAUGUGACUUCAGGAUUUGAAGACACAUGCUGUAACACAGUAAGCGGACAGAGAAACGUUUCAAGGUAAACCCCUUCUGAUCCUGAAGUAAAGGUACAGGGCUAAUUGAGCAUAACUGUCAUGAACUGCGAGAACAUGGAAGUCUAUCACUUUCUUUUGCUGACUUCCUUGGUGUUGGUUUCAUCACUCUGGCAGCUUGGUUGCAGUUUCCCAGGGGGAAACAAAAUAAGAAUGAACAUAAAUUUUUAAACCGAUUAUGCCACCUGGAGCUGUACACUUAGCAAACUAGCUUUUCCAGGUGAAAGACCUAGUAAAAUACACGCUUGAUUUUUUUCUUACCCAUUCUUCCCACCAGCAUUUGUCUAUUGAUGGUAUCACGGGUAGAAAUACUGGGCUUGGCCAAGUAUUCAUGAUUGGAUGGGUUGCUGCUUUCCUUCUACAUCACUUUUUAGUAGCAGUUUUUAAGUCCACAAUCACACUGUGGCAUAAUAACAAAUGCUUCAAAGACGACACUUUACAUUUCCAAAAGUACCUUUCUUCAAAGAAUCUCUGAGCACUUUUCAACAUGAAUUACCAACGCACCUCUUGGUGAUAAGUAGGUGUUAUUUCCUUUUUCAAAACCGAGAAGCUUAAACUGCUGCCUAAAGUAACUGUGAACCAUCUACUUCUUGGAGCUUUCUUUUUCUUGACUUCUUUUCCAUGCCCUUUCCCUUUUGCCUCCUGGACCAUUCUUAACCUCAAUUUCCUCUCCUCUCUGCUUGUGAUAAUCCCCUCAAUGCAGCCUGAUAUAGUACCCAAACUUUAAAACUCUUCUCCCCAUGCAACUUGGACGUAAGUGUGUGCUGUGCCCAAGUGCUCUCCUGAUUCAGCUAGUAACGCACAUUAGCGCAUUUCAAAGAGCUGUAUUUAUGUAGAUAGGUUUAAAUUGUUAUUUCCAUUUUAUAUGUGUAUGUGUGGGUGGGGAGGAUUAGACUGCAGAUAAGUUAAAGAACACAGGUGUCUCAAGUGCCUCUGAUGUGGGGUGUUGAAUUGGAGAGAGGCAGUUUUGCAAAGAUGCUAAGCACUUACUGCUCCCACUACUUGGAAAGUUCAGACCAGUUUGGAGAAUCUGAGCUUUCACUGCCCGUUGCUUAGUGGGACACUGGUCAGCUCAUUGACUGGUGUCUGUUUUCAAUCUAAACAAACAAGUAUUUUCCUCCAGAAGGGCGCUUUGUUCAAGAUAAGGGUAACUGGUUUCACUCCCAGUAUUCACUGUAUGUAUCUCUGAAUUAAACUGUUGUUACACUGA